AUGAAAUAAUCACUUUAAUCAAUUCUAUAAACUAAAUCCUAGUAUGAUUUUAUAACUGGAAUCAUGGAUAAUCAAUAAGAAGACAUUAAAUCAAAAACAACUUACAAAACUCAAUUUAAAUUUAAUAAAUCUAAAUCUCCUUUCUCCAUUACUCCUAAAACAUAACCAUCUAAACUUAAAAAAAGACCUAUUUAUUUAAGAUUUAUCAAUCACUCUACUCAUUAAAAAGAAACCAAUAAUUUAAUUUUUCUUAAAACUCUCUUUAAAGAUUUCUAAUAACCAUAAAUGUCUAAAACUAAUUAUUCAACUUGGUCAACAUCACAUAAAUAAACUAUAUAAUCUAAUUAUAUUCCUCCUAUUAAAAAAAACUACUUAUUGAUCAAAACACCAGAUAAUAAUUAACCUCCAGUUGGAUACUAUAAUCCUACUAUCCCAAAAAAAGUUAGGGGUUCUGUUAAAUUGUUUUCUUAAAACACAUCAUAACAAUCAUUAUCUCUCAAUAUAUUAUUAAACUAAAAUGAAAAACAAGUGUCUCUCUUAUAAAAAGAAGAAUUCAUUAAAGUACCUGAAGCUAAAAUGUAGAAGUAUUAUGAUUUUGAAAAAAAGAAAUUGAUGUCGAAAUCAAGCUUUUAACUUCCUCUUAAAGACUUAAAUGAAAACCCUUUCACUAAAUAAUGGUCAAUAUUUUUAGCUUAUAAAAAUAAAUUUAAAUUAUUAAGAGAUCACAAAUAUGAAGAUUCACUUAAAUGA